UCAGUAAGUGCGUUCAAGGGUGUGUGUAUGUGUGAGGGAGAGAGACAGAGAGAGAGGGAGAGGUGGGUGAGAAAACGGGGCUAAUCAUGGAUACGAGUUUAGGCGUGAGUUGUAAACUAGUCCCGGCAGAGGAGUGAAGACCCAGCAGCUCCGGAGCGGCCGCAGACACGACACUAUUAUGCCCAGCGCAAACGUGUCCGUGCGAACUUUGUCUGAAGUAGAGAAAUACCUCAGCUCGCGGAUGGACCGGAGUACCGAUGGCAGUUCUCUGAGCAUCGCUGCUUCGAUGCGUCGAGGCUCUUCAGACAACAACCUGGAUCUGGACCUGAGUGAUGGAGGUCCAGGCUCUACUCUUGGGGUCGAGCUCCAUCGCAGCCGUUCCUGCUUGGACAGCCUCCAGCAGAAGAUACUGAAGGUCACAGAACAGCUGAAGAUCGAGCAAACGGUACGAGAUGAGAACCUGGCAGAAUAUCUGAAGCUCAUGGACAGCGCGGACAAGCAGCAAAUCGGGCGAAUCAAACAGGUGUUCGAGAAGAAGAACCAGAAGUCCGCUCAGAACAUAUCCCAGAUGCAAAAGAAGCUGGAGCAGUACCACAAAAAGAUGAAAGACAAUGAAAUCCUUCACAGCCCGUCGCCUCGCCCGUCCAGCGUCAAACACAGCACCAUACCCAGGGAGUCAACCAGAGAGCUGCUGAGGGACAUGACGGGCAGCGGCAGACACCCGACCAUGGACAAGAUCAAAACCAUCGGACCAGGUGUUUCACUCUCUCCACCUUUCUUCUUCAGCAAGCCCAGAGAGUUCGCAAACCUCAUCAGGAACAAGUUUGGGAGCGCUGACAACAUCGCCCACAUGAAGACCACUCUGGAUGCCUCGUCUCCAUUACCCACUGAGGGCACAGGAAAGAGUCUGAGCAGCAGCACCUCUCUGGUGGGCAAGCCCAAGUACCCCAGUGAUGACGAGUGCUCCUCAGGUAGUGCUUCUAUUUCAGCAGACAGUAACGGGCACCCAGCAGGGGGUGGAGCGUCUGGGGGUCAAGUGCAAGGCCUGGAGCAGUCCGGGGGGGAAAGUCAGAGCAGACUGGCUAUGAGCCUGGAGGAGGUGCGAGAGAUCAAAGAAGCUCAGAGCCAGCUGGAGGAGGAUAUAGAGGAGUUCAAGGGGCAGUUCAAGAAAGAGUACAGCAUCAUCAACCAAUCACUGCAGGAGGAGAGAUACAGGUACGAGCGUUUGGAGGACCAACUGAACGACCUGACAGAACUACACCAGCAUGAGAUGGCAAAUCUGAAACAGGAACUGGCCAGCAUCGAGGAGAGGGUAGCCUACCAGGCCCAGGAAAGAGCCAGAGACAUACAGGAAGCCCUCGAGUCAUGCCAGACCCGCGUUUCCAAGCUGGAGCUCCAGCAGCAGCAGCAGCAGCAGACGGUCCAGCUUGAGAGCCGUGACGCCCGAGUCUUGCUCGGGAAGACCAUCAACAUCAUGCUGGCCAUCAUUACUGUCAUCCUCGUGUGUGUCUCCACUGCUGCCAAGUUUGCCGCUCCGCUGAUGAGGAGCCGGUAUCAUGUGGUAGCCACCCUCCUGGGAGUUUGUUGUUUGACCAUAUUCUGGAAGAACUGGGACCGUUUACAGUAUUCCAUAGACAGGCUGCUAGUGCCUGCUUAACAGCCAAGAGAACACACUGACGAUACCAUAAACAUGGAUGCUGUCGCUGUCAGGUGACAGGAUAGGACUGUCUAAGAGGAUUGGUUGUACAAUCGUCAGAAGACACGAUCCCGUGCAUUUACAGAGGUCACUUUGUUUUUGUUAAGUCAGGCUGAAAUUGAAGUUUGUUGAUUUUCUCGUCUAGAACUUGAAUGUGUGUAGCUAACAACGUCGUGUAACCUUUCAAAUUAUAUUUAUAUAACAGUAAAUUUCGCUACUUCCUCAGCAGUGGCAAUGGAGCCAUCAGAGACAUAAAGGACAAUACAAAGAACAAGAAGGAUGAAGAAAAGUAUAAGCGCCGUUUAAGGAAAAAUAAUUCAUAGGGUGUGAGGUAAGAACUGGCAAAUUAUCACCCUGUCGCAUUUUGUAUCACUCAGACAUAUCUCCAACUGCAAGCAUGCACGUGUGCAUGGACAAGACCUCAGUCUUAGCAUCUUGUUGGCCACGACCAUGAAGUGCUAAUGUCAUCCUUAAAGGAAUAGUCUGACGAUUGGGGAAAUACAGUUAUUUUCUUCUCUGCUGAGAGCUGGAUGAUCACAUAUCUGUCCAAGCGACUUCCUGCAGCCCUUUACCUGAGCUCAGCUUAGAAUAAAACCGUAGCAUAUAGGUUUAAUGGAUUUUGGUGUAGGUAGGCAGAGGUAUUUACUUUAGGACAGAGCUUGGUUUUCACUUUCUUUCAAGUGCUUUUUUAUACUACGCUAUCAGGCCUCUGGUAUCAUGAAGUCAAAUAAGUGUAUAUUCCCCACUGCUGAAAUAUCCUUUGAAUGGAGAAUGCACCGACUAAAGGGUAUCCUAUUUUUCUUUUAUGUUCUUCUUUUACUACUCAUUGCCUUGUCCGUCCUGCGUGUUCAGUCAUCUCUUACAGAAACCGUUCUUAAUGUUUAUAGUGCAAUAUACUUGAUUUCUAGGCGCACUGUUUUUAAAAUGUUUUUUUUUUUUUUAGAAAUGAGUGUUUUACGUCCAUGUUUAAGCGGAGUGACGGGCUGUUGGUGCUGGAGGGGGUGGGGGGUGGGUGGGGGGGGGGGUGAGGAAAUGUUAUUAAUGUUGGCACGGGAGAUCCACAACCACUGAAGCCACUGCUGGGCUCUGAUAAGACCAGCUGUCUCCCCUCUCAAGGGCCAAAAAUCAAUCCAACUGCAUUACUGUGCUAGUAGCACGGUAGUAUCAGCACACGCCAGCCCCCGCGCACAAACAGCUGAAAAACAGCCAGUCACUUGGCUCUCUAUACAUAAAUGUCUUAUGGUUUUUGACCAGAUUCACGCUGGUCUUUUACUAAUAAUGUGAUGGAGAGGCGAUGAGUUAUACUGUGAUUUAAGGUAAAAAUGCAAUUUCCUUUUUCAAAAAGGAGCAACAAGCAGCCUUCAGUGCUCCGCUGAUAGCAGAGGAGCAUAUUACAGGCUCUCUGUGAUGAACUACGAGCCCAUUUCUUUGGACUGACUAAUGUGUUAUUUCAUGUUUUUCCCAUGAACUUUCCCUGUGAGGGUUUCACACGAAGCAACGGACCACUUUUAAUGUUUGUCUGCCAUAAUAACAUGUUUGUGUUGUUUGUCUGUCUGUUUCACUGACUGCAUCUUUUUGUUGUUCCCGUUUCGUAUUUGAGGAUGUUUUACAUGCAGAACUACAAACUGGUUUACAUUAUCCUUUCAUCUCUGGUGCACUAUGUGAUCAAUCAGUUGUAUUUUCAUGCAUUACGUGCCUUUGUCUGACAAUUGCUGUUAAAUUAAACAAACCUUUUUAAUCAA